UAGAACAUCUCUUUUCUCCCUAUAUCCUCGUAAUCACAAAAUUCUCAAAAAAAAAAAAAAUCCCAAAAUCAAUUCCUCUGUUUCUUUUGUUUCUGGUACAAUUUCAUUUCUUGAUUUCGGUUUCAGCUUCAGGUUUGUUUGGAUCAUGGGGACUCCCGAAUUCCCAGAUCUAGGCAAGCAUUGUACAGUUUCCGAUUGCAGACUCAACGAUUUCUUACCCUUCACUUGCGAUCGCUGCAAUCAGGUAUAUUGUUUGGAGCACCGAAGUUAUAUAAAACAUCAUUGUACAAAACCCAACAGACAAGAUGUCACUGUUGUUAUAUGUCCACUUUGCGCCAAAAGUGUUCGUUUAAUUCCAGACAGAGAUCCAAAUGUGGUUUGGGAACAUCAUGUUAACACAGAUUGUGACCCAUCAAAUUACGAAAAAGUCACAAAAAAGAAAAAGUGCCCUACCCAAGGAUGCAGAGAGACACUAGUUUUCUCAAACACAAUCAAGUGUAGGGAUUGCGAAGUAGAACAUUGUUUGAAACAUAGGUUUGGACCUGAUCAUAAAUGUCCAGGACCCAAAAAGUUGGAAACUAGUUUUUCAUUCAUGAGUCUUUUGAAUUUGAGUAGUACUGGUAGUAGUAGUAAAGAAGAAUCGAAAUCUAAUUCGACUUCGUCGAAUUGGACUUCAAGCCUUCUUGAGUUGGCUUCUAAAUGGAGUGGAAAAACUCAAGAUGAGAAAUGUCCACUUUGUGAUGCGAAGUUUUCAUCGGUUACUAGUUUGGUAGAUCAUGCGAAAAAAGUUCAUGAAGGAAGUAGCAUUACGCGAAAUGGGGUAAAGAAGGUGUCGAUUUCUGCGUGCCCGAAGUGUAGUAAAGGUUUUCUUGAUCCGAAUUCUCUUGUGGAGCAUGUUGAGAGAGAUCAUGGUGGAAGUUCUUGAGACUGGUUUUCAAGUUGAUGAAAUAGAUACUAGCAUUUUCUUUGAUGGAUGAUCUUGUGUGUAAAUAUUAUUUUGCCCUAUUUGAUUGAAAAAAUUUGUGUGAAUAAGAAAUUGAAGAUGGAAUUAGAUUUUAA